CCACAUGAUGAUUCUCCUUAGAGAACCGGAGCAGCCCCAAACCUCCAAUUCCCCCUGCGCCUCCAUUAUUCCCCUGCGGAGGAGAGAUUGGACAGGAAUGGGAGUUUGUUUCCAGUCGGUGAUGAUUGGAGGCUGCUCAUCCAGGCAGGGUACCCGAAGGGGCCUCACAGCAUGUGUGCAGAGGGGGCCCUGGCACAGUCAUUGGGAAGUUCAUAGAGUUCAAGCCUGCCUGGGGUAACCAAGGGCCGGUUUGUUUUUCUGGGGCCAGGUGCCACCCUGGCUCGUUCACCUUAAUUGUGUGGCCAGGUGCUGGCUGAGUGUGCGCCUGUUUCAGCCGCGCUGCUUUUGGACGUGUAGGCUGUGCCUAGAUUGUUUGCUAUUAGGAGCACUGGUGCACAGGGUGAGCAGGGUGAGAUUCUAAGGGGAACUGCUGGGUCCCUGGAACGCGUGUGUAAAAUUACCGCAGAUCUGCCUGCUCCUUCUCCAGGGCCUCCGUCGUAUCAGCCGACAGGUUGAUUGCUAUAAGCAAGUGUCUGUUUUUCUGCCUUCUCUACAACACAUAUCAGAAUGUUUAAUAUUUGCCAAUCUGAUGGGUUAAAUGCUAUCCGGGUGACCUGCACAGGCUCCUGCAAGGUCUCCAGCAAGGCCAAUGACACUGCGUGGGUGGUGGAGGAGGGCUACUUCAACAGCACUCUGUCCCUGGCCGACAAGGGGAGCCUGCCUGCUGGAGAGCACAGCUUCCCCUUCCAGUUCCUGCUUCCUGCCACAGCUCCCACGUCCUUUGAGGGCCCUUUUGGGAAGAUUGUGCACCAGGUACGGGCCACCAUCGACACACCACGUUUUUCCAAGGAUCACCAGUGCAGCCGCGUGUUCUACAUCUUGAGUCCCCUGAACCUGAAUAGCAUCCCAGACAUCGAGCAACCCAAUGUGGCCUCCACCACCAAGAAGUUCUCCUACAAGCUGGUGAAGACAGGCAGCGUAGUCCUCACCGCCAGCACCGACCUCCGAGGCUACGUGGUGGGGCAGGUGCUGCGGCUGCAGGCUGACAUUGAGAACCAGUCAGGCAAGGACACCAGCCCUGUGGUGGCCAGUCUGCUUCAGAAAGUGUCCUACAAGGCCAAGCGCUGGAUUUAUGACGUGCGGACCAUCGCCGAGGUGGAGGGGGCCGGCGUCAAGGCCUGGAGGCGGGCUCAGUGGCAAGAGCAGAUCCUGGUGCCUGCCCUGCCCCAGUCUGCCCUGCCGGGCUGCAGCCUCAUCCACGUGGACUACUACCUGCAGGUGGUCUCCCUGAAGACGCCGGAAGCCAUCGUGACCCUCCCGGUCUUCAUCGGCAACAUCGCUGUGAACCACGUCCCACUGAGCCCCCAGCCAGGCCAAGGCCUGGUGGUGCCCUCAGCGCCACCCCAGGAGGAGGCAGAGGCCGUGGCUGGUGGCCCCCACUUCUUCUCAGACCCUGUCUCCCUCUCCACCAAGAGCCACUCACAGCAGCAGCAGCCGCCUGCAGCCCUCGGCUCUGUGCCUGGCGCCCCUGAACCCCAUCCUCAGGAUGGUAGCCCUGCCCCCCACCCGUUGCCCCCUCCCUUGUGCAUCUCCACAGGUGCCACCGUGCCCUACUUUGCAGAGGGUUCUGGAGGGCCGGUGCCUACGACCAGUACCUUGAUCCUCCCCCCUGAGUAUAGCUCGUGGGGCUACCCCUAUGAGGCCCCGCCAUCCUAUGAGCAGAGCUGUGGCGGUGUGGACCCUGGCCUGACCCCAGGGAGCUGACCCCAUGUCGCCUUCUCCGGACGGGCGGACCUACGCCCUGGGACUAGGCUCCCAGGGCCUCGUGCCUUCGCUCCCGGCCUGGCCCGGCCCACUCAGGACCUGCCACUGCCCGCCGUUCCCUGCGGCCUCUGACUCCGGACCAGCCUCUGCCCCGACCAGCCUCCGCAGCCCCCCUGUAGUCGGCCUCUCCCCGGGGGUUCGGGCCUAGAGAGACUUGGUGUAAAUAAAAAGCUUCAUUUGUAGA